GGGAGGAAAGGAAGGAGGACAAGAAGAGAAAGAAAAAGACUAAAGUAAAUGGCGUCAAUCUCCGGCAGUGGCGAAAUUUCAGGAGGGAGUACUUGUGACCGAACAAAAGAGUUGAAGGAAUUCGAUGAAACUAAGGCUGGCGUGAAGGGACUCGUAGAUGCCGGGGUGACGAAGGUACCCCGUAUCUUCUUCAGCCCCUCUGAUGUCCACCUCCAUCUCCAUGAAUCAGAUUCCAUCCAUAGUAGUCAUUCUCACGCUCAGACCCAACUGAGUUUUCCUGUCAUAGACCUGCAGGACUGGAUCACUGACAAUAAAGACUUGAGUCGGAGGCAGGAAGUGGUCGACCAAGUCCGGAAGGCGUCGGAAACAUGGGGUUUCUUCCAGGUUGUGAAUCAUGGGAUCCCUGCCAGCGUAUUGGAGGAGAUGCUACAAGGCGUUCGAAGUUUCUUCGAACAAGACAUCGAGUUGAAGAAACAGCUAUUUUCCCGGGAUGCCGCCAACAGAAGGGUGAUAUACAACAGCAAUUUCACUCUCUACACCUCUCCCUCUGCCGAUUGGAGGGACUCCUUGUACUGCCUCAUGUCUCCUCCCCCUCUCGACCUUGAUCAGUUGCCUCUAGUUUGCAGAGAUAUAAUGGUGGAGUACAACAAGCAAGUAAUUAGAAUUGGAAAUGUUUUGUUUGGGUUACUGUCGGAGGCGUUAGGACUAAACCCCCAGCACUUGGCAGAAAUGGGUUGCGCCGAUGGGCAUUCCAUUCUUUGUCACUACUACCCUGCAUGUCCCGAGCCGGAACUGACCAUCGGCACUAGCAAGCAUGCCGACUAUGAUUUCCUUACUGUUCUCCUCCAAGACCAGAUCGGUGGCCUCCAAAUUCUUCAGCAGAAUCAAUGGGUAAAUGUUCCUCCCAUCCCUGGAGCUCUUAUUGUCAACAUUGGGGAUCUUCUGCAGCUUACAUCCAAUGAUAGGUUCAAGAGCGUUGAACAUCGAGUUCUGGCCAGUAAAAUAGGCCCAAGAGUAUCAGUGGCAUGCUUCUUUACUACUGGCUAUCUACCAUCUGCAAGGAUCUAUGGGCCGAUAACAGAGUUACUAUCAGACCACAAUCCCCCCAUUUACAGAGAAACCACCGCCAAAGAAUAUACCACAUAUGGCCACAAAAAGGGAAUCAAUGGGAUCUCGGCGUUGGAACAUUUCAAGCUGUGAACUUCAGCUUCAAAUCAGGAAAUACUAAUAGCUUAAUGUUACUAGGUUGCUCGUUGCCAAUUGUCAUUGCUAUUAAUUA